AUGAGCAGGCCUGACUUCACUGCAGCCCAGCUGGAUUACAAGCAGCUUCAGAAUGCAGACCGACAAGCAAAGGUGGAUUUUUUCGAACUCCUCUUGGCCAAAGCCGGCCAUGCAAUCAAAGCAGCUGGAUGGUCUGAGAAGGUGCAACCUUUGAAAGUGAGCGCAUCAGACAUCCUUGCUGGCAAGAACACAGUGGAAAGCAACCGCCUGUUGCAGCUCCUUUGCUACCUGGGACUUAGGAAGAAGGUGCAGAAUGUUGGCAGCCUCCUUGAUGUUGAGGACCAAUGGGUGACCAAAUUCACUGCAUCAUGGAGUGAGAACGGUGCCGAGUGGGUGCCCUUCACAGCUCUGAAUGAAAGCAAGCCAUUCGUUUUUGAGGGUUGCAGUGAUGCAGAGGCGAUGCGCUUUGUGUCAUUGGGCGUGGCACAAGCAACGCGCGCCAUACGCCACUUGCGGGUACACCCGGUGGAAUGGCAGAAUCAUCCUGGCAUGCGCCUGGAGGUGUUUGGUUGGACGGAUGGCAAGCUGAAGGUCGAUACUCCAAUUCCGAAAUCCUUACGGGAUAAAGCUUGCCGCCUGGAUGUUGUGCGCAGAAGUGGAGAGCUGUUGCAGCGAGGCUUGGCCCUGGCGAGCACUGCGGCCCACGAGCGUUGGCGCGAGAUGCAAAAAGCAGAGGAGGAGAAGAACCAGCAAGCUCUGGCCGAGAGGAAUCAGGUCGAGCAGCAGCUGCAGGACACGUUGUCACAAAUGGAAGAGCUUCGAAAGGCGAAUCAUCUUCUCCAAGAGCAGGCAGCGGAGAGAGAGCAGGAACUUGCAGAUGCCGAAGCAGAAAGGCUCCGUUUGGGAGUGGAGCUCGACAGUUCCAGAGCCCAAAUCGAAGCAUUGGAGGAGAAGUUGGCCCAAACAGCGGAUGAAGUUCUUCAAGAGCAGGAGAAGGUCAAGGAGGGGGACUCGAAGUUUGACGAACUCAAGGCUCUGAACGAGGACCUACAGCAGCAGAUGGGUGUUUUGACGGAAGAGCGAGAUAUUGCCCGUGCGCAAGAAGUCGAGCUCUUUGACACCUUGGCAGCCAAGGAAGAGGACCUGACAAACACCAAUGAAGGUUAUGUCUAUCUAACUGAUCAGCUCAACGAAAGGACUGAGAUGUAUGAAGAAAAGGUCGAUGAUUGCGAACGCAUCAUUGAGAACUUAACGGAGCAAAACAAGAAACUCUUGGACGAGAGCUUGAAGCUCAGGCAAGAUCUCGGAGAGGCGAGACGCAAGCUCGCCGAGGCGGAAAAGGCGGUGCAGCGAGCAGAGCAAGGGUUGCCAGUGACUUUCCGUGUGGCCAAAGAUUCGCAUGAGGAGGAAUUCGCUCCCCCGCCAGACACCCAUGCUCGAGGUGCUAUGGUGACUCCAACCGACAUAGGUCUUGAGGAGUCUCCGAGCAAGGUGUACCAAGAGGACUUCGAAGACGAGUAG